ACGGGACAGGGUGGUCCUGGCCUGGAGAGGAGGAGCCCUCUCAAGGGGCGGGUUUAUUGCGUGGCACACAGUCUUGGGAUAGCUAAGGGGAACUUACUCAGAGCAGGGUUUCCUCCAGCCGCCUCUCCAAAAAGCUGAUUUUGCACCUACGAAGCGUGACCCACUGCAGCUGUUCCCAAGAUGUUCCUCCGUUUGCUGCUUCUGCUAAUCUUGACUGCCCAGGAGAGCUGCAGUGCAAAAAAUCAGGAGGAUAAUUUAUUGGUCCUCACUGUGGCCACCCAGGAGACGGAAGGGUUCCGACGAUUCCAGAGAUCGGCUCAGUUCUUCAGCUACAACCUCAAGGUCCUGGGACUAGGUGAAGACUGGCAUGGUGAGGAUGAUAAAACGGUGGCAGGGGGCGGACAGAAGGUCCGUCUCUUGAAAUCGGCGUUGGAAGAAUAUGCUGACAAGGAGGACUUGGUCAUCCUCUUCACGGAAAGCUAUGAUGUCAUCUUUGCAUCAGGCCCUACUGAACUCUUGAAGAAAUUCCGACAGGCCAAGUCCAAAGUCAUCUUCUCAUCGGAGACCCUCAUUUACCCUGACCGAAGGUUGGAAGCCAAGUACCCACAGGUCCGAGACGGAAAGCGGUUCCUCGGAUCCGGAGCCUUCAUCGGUUAUGCACCACAUCUCAGCAAGCUUGUGGCGGAUUGGGAGGGGCGCGACAGUGAUAGCGACCAACUGUUCUAUACCAAUGUCUUCUUGGACCCUGAGAAGCGGGGAAACAUCAACAUCACUUUAGAUCACAGGUGUCGGAUCUUCCAGAACCUGAACGGUGCUCUAGAUGAGGUGGUCCUCAAGUUCGAGAACCGGCGGGUGAGAGUGCGGAAUUUGGUGUACGACACCCUCCCGGUUGUGAUUCACGGCAACGGCCCCACCAAGCUGCAGCUGAACUACCUGGGGAACUAUGUCCCGCGGAUCUGGACCUUUGAGACGGGCUGCACCGUCUGCGACGAAGGGUUGAGGAGUCUCGCAGGCCUGAAGGAGGAUGCGAUGCCGCUGGUUCUGAUCGGCAUCUUCAUCGAGCAGCCCACCCCAUUCCUCAGUCAGUUUUUCCAAAGGCUUCGGAAACUCCACUACCCCAAGAAAUUGAUCCAGCUCUUUAUCCACAACCACGAGGAGCAUCACCUCCCCCAGGUGGCUGCGUUCGUGAGUGAGCAUGGCCAGGAGUACCGUUCCGUCAAAGAGGUUGGGCCAGGUGACCGCGUGGAGAACGCCGACGCACGCAACAUGGGCGUGGAUCUGUGCAGGCAGGACGCUGAUUGCGAAUAUUACUUCAGCCUGGAUGCCGAAGUGGUCCUGCAGAACCCGGACACCUUGCGGUUCCUGAUUGAGCGAAACAAGUCUGUGAUUGCCCCACUGGUGAGCCGUCUCGGGAAACUGUGGUCAAAUUUCUGGGGGGCCCUGAGUGCCGAGGGUUACUACGCCCGCUCCGAGGAUUAUGUCGAAAUUGUUCAGGGGCGGAGGGUCGGCCUCUGGAAUGUCCCGUACAUCUCUAGCACCUACCUGAUCAAAGGAAGCGUCCUGAGAUCGCAGCUCGCUCGGGCAGACCUUUUCCACAGCGGUAAACUUGAUGCGGAUAUGGCGCUCUGCCACAACGUCCGGGAACAGGGGGUCUUCCUAUUUGUGACCAAUCAGAAGAGCUUUGGGCACAUCCUGUCCCUGGAAAACUAUCAGACCAGCCAUCUCCACAACGACCUCUGGCAGAUCUUCAGCAACCCAGAGGACUGGAAGGAGAAAUACAUCCACGAGAACUACACGGCAGCUUUAAAAGGCAAAUUGGUAGAAACGCCCUGUCCGGAUGUUUACUGGUUCCCAAUAUUCACCGACACGGCCUGCGAUGAGCUGGUAGAAGAGAUGGAGAACUUUGGCCAGUGGUCCAGGGGAGAUAACACGGACAACAGAAUCCUCGGGGGGUACGAGAACGUGCCCACGAUCGAUAUCCACAUGAACCAGAUCAACUAUGAGCGGGAGUGGUACAAGUUUCUCCUGGAAUACAUUGCACCCAUCACGGAGAAGCUAUACCCCGGUUACUACACCAAGACCCAGUUCGAGCUGGCCUUCGUCGUCCGAUACAAACCUGACGAGCAGCCGUCGCUGAUGCCGCACCACGACGCCUCCACGUUCACCAUCAACAUUGCCCUGAAUCGUGUUGGGAUUGAUUAUGAAGGUGGAGGCUGCCGCUUCCUGCGUUACAACUGUUCUGUCAGAGCUCCUCGGAAAGGCUGGACGCUCAUGCACCCAGGCCGCCUGACCCACUACCACGAGGGCCUCCCCACCACCAAAGGGACCCGCUACAUUGCUGUGUCUUUCCUCGACCCUUAAGGCGGCGCCCUCCAAAAGCGGAGAGAAACCCAGAGAGCGGGAAGGAUGGUUCCCAGCCACCAUCACACCGCACUCCUCUGGGAAUCCUUGAGUUACGGAACAGACUGGACUGGAUAUGGACUUCUUGCGCCCGUUUCUCUAGUUCCAGGGCACGGGGAGACCUGCCAAAGACUUAAGUGCUCUGUAGUGUUAGUACAUUCCUUGCCACCAAAGCAGAUGCCCAAAUGAUCUUUCUCCAAGAAAGAGACCCAACGCAGGUGGGGGACUUUACGAAUCUCCUCGCAGCAAGACACACGAGCCUUCUGGCUGCAAAGGCAAUCGAGGAACAUAGGAAGCUGCCUUCUAUCGAGUCAGACCCUGGGUCCAUCUAGCUCAGUAUUGUCUACACAGACUGGCAGCGGCUUCUCCAAGGCUGCAGGCAGGAGUCUCUCUAGGCCCUAUCUUGGAGAUGCUGCCAGGGAGGGAACUUGGGACCUUCUGCAUGCAAGCGCUCUCCCCAGAGUGGCCCCAUCCCCUAAGGGGAAUCUCUUCCAGUUCUCACACAUGUCUUCCAAUCAAUUGCAACCAGGGUGGACCUUGCUUAGUAAAGGAGACAGUUCAUGCUCGCUACCACAAGACCAGCUCUCCUCCCCUGUCAAUGCUUCAUAAAUUCUCGCAUCUCAGGUGCAGGGCCCCUGAGAUCGUGAAGAGUGCCCUGCCUCUUGAGUCGAAUACAAGUGGGUGGUGCUGGUUUCCUUCUAGAAAAAAGGAGGGGGGAGACCCGGAGCACAUGGGUAGAGUGCCUUUCUCUUCCACCAGGAAGCAGCUUUCUAAAAUACCAGUGUCAGGACAGAGUUCCUUCAAGCAUGUGCAGAGUGCCUUGCUUUCAAGGGGUGCCCUUUAAAAAAAAAACACAACCUCAUAGAAAUUCAAAAAAUAAGAAUAAGAAUAUAUGGGCUGUACUUCCCCACCCUUAGCUUUACAUUCCCCUCUCCUGGUGAGCAGACAAGAGGAGGGAAAGCUGGCAGGCCCAUUUUAAAGUUUGAUCAAGGAUGCAAAACUGAUGAAGCAUCCAAAUCCCUUCCCAGCCAGGCACUGGUGCUGCUGAGGACCUUUCCAAGAGCUGUACGUAUUUAUUUGAUAGACUCAGCCCCUCUGUUUGGGCGUCUCCUUGUUCUGCCCCAAGAUGUACAGAUUUCGACAAGAGAUUUUAACACUAAAAGUUUUAAGAAAACAA